AUGGAUCGAGGAUCCGUGGUUCCCCCCCCGAAGCGAGGGGCCAGUGCCGCCCGAUCUGGCCGACGGAGCGCGCCGAUUCAAUAUGGACUUGGGGCCCGUGGCUCAUCCGCGCGUCGCUCAUCCUCGCGUGCUUUUCUUCGACGGGUGGGGGUCGUGGACCUGGAGGCUGGCGCCCACACCAUCUCUUACCCUGCCGGCGAGUGGCACGCGCCCGCAGGCCUCGGGAACGUGGUCGUGGCUGGCCCGGAGCUGUCCGUGCUGCUCCUGGACGCCGCGCUUUGCGGCGAGCCGUUGCCGAGGCAUCGGCCCCGCGCCAGAGCGGAGUCCCGGCUCACCAACGGCGACGACCUGCUGCGGGUUUCGCUGACCCUGCCCCUCGUGCCGCCCCUGCGAUUCAACGUCAGCGUCUCCUGCGAGUUCACGAUGGAGCUCGGCUACGGAGGGCGGCGCGGGCAAGGGGCUCGGGUCACCGUUGGCCUCGAGGGCCAGUUCGGCCUCUCCGUGCCGCGCUUCCCUGGAGCUCAGCGGUUGUUGUCCGCCUUCCUGCCAGGCUACUGCCAGGCCAGCAUGCAGCAGGCCGCCACCGGCCUCUCGGAGUCUUUCAAGGCGAGCACCGCCUCCCCGCCCGCGGGCUGA